AUGACUACAUAUGAGAAGCUUGUUAAAGGUGCAACUAAAAUUAAAAUGGCACCGCCGAAGGCCAAAUAUAUUGAACCUAUUUUGAUAGGGACCGGUGAUCCACAAGAUUUUAGAGAGAUUAUAAGGGCCCUAGACAAUAGGUUGCACGACACUGCAUUUACCAUUUGCUAUAAAUCUUUGAUUGUCGUGCAUUUAAUGAUGAGAGAGGGGGGUAUAUCGAAUGCUAAUAAUUUAACUUUGAAGUUUUUAAGCAACCAUCCAGAAUUUUUUGAACAACUAAGAGUCAAAGCUAAUCCUAACGACUCAAUGGCUUUGAAGAAAUAUGCUCAAUACUUACAAGUAAGAAGUGAAGAAUAUAAUCAUACUGAUCAUAUAGAUUAUGUAAGACAAAGCCCAAACGAAAUGAAUAUUAAUGAUCCUGGUUUAUGUUUAGAUCACGUUGAAUCUUUAGAAAGGCAAAUCUCGUCGUUAAUUAAAAAUAGAUAUUCUCAAUUGGAUUUAACCAGUAAUAAUUUAUUGAUGACGUGUUUUAGACUAUUAAUACAAGAUUUAUUGAGUUUGUAUAAUGCUCUAAACGAGGGAAUCAUUAAUUUAUUGGAAUCCUUUUUUGAAUUAAGUAAACCGAUGGCUGAAAGAACUUUACAAUUAUACAAGAAUUUUGUUGAAUUAACUGAAGACGCAGUUAAGUAUUUAAAGGUUGGUAAAAGUUGUGGUAUGAAAAUCCCCGUUAUCAAGCAUAUCACAACCAAAUUAAUUUCCAGUUUAGAAGAACAUCUAAGACAAGAUAAUGGAGUGGAAGGUGUAAAUAGUGGUUUCAAUAAUGGGAACAGUUAUAAUUCUGACAAUUAUAACGAUAACCGUAUCAAAACGCCCGCUGAGCAAUUGGAGGAGAUUAGAAAAAAGAAAGAAAUGCUUCAAAGACAAUUGAAGGAGAAUAGUAGAACUGUGUCUUCAUCUUCUUCUCCACCACCACCAACUGGUGUCAAUGGCUCUGCUGCUGCGUAUAAUCCAUUUGGCACUGUUACCGGCCCUGCUAAUGAAACAUUUAGUUUUGAACCGGCCCAGCAACAAUUACAGGCUCAGCAUACUGCUAGUGCUUUAGCCCAACAACAGGCGCAAAUACAAGCCCAGCAGACUUCCAGUUUAUUGGCUCAACAACAGUUACAAGCUCAGCAUACUGCCAAUGCUUUAGCCCAACAACAGGCGCAAAUACAAGCCCAGCAGACUUCCAGUUUAUUGGCUCAACAACAGUUACAAGCUCAGCAUACUGCCAAUGCUUUAGCGCAACAACAAGCUCAAAUACAAGCACAACAGCAAGCUCAAAUGCAGGCACAACAACAGGCACAAUUGAAGGCUAAACAAGAGCAAGCUCAGUUGCAAGCCCAUUUAAAAGCACAGCAAGAACAAGCACAACAGCAAGCACAAUUGAAAGCGCAACAAGAAGCACAAUUGAAAGCGCAACAAGAAGCACAGUUGCAAGCACAACAACAGGCACAGUUGCAAGCACAACAACAGGCACAAUUGCAAGCACAACAACAGGCACAAUUGCAAGCACAACACACAGCUGGUCUACUAGCACAACAACAAGCACAGUUGCAAGCACAACACACAGCUGGCUUACUAGCACAACAACAGGCGCAGUUACAGGCACAACACACUGCUGGUUUAUCAGCACAGCAACAAGCGCCAAUACAAACUGCCACCACUGGAAACGUAUCAAAUCCAUUUCUACAAAGACAAAAUACAGGAUUUUAUAGUUCGAAUCAUAUUACACCAUCCUAUACAGGUGCGGGAUUUGGUGGAUUUUCAUCCCAACAGCAACAACAACAACCUGCGUUAUCCAAUAAUUUGAUUAAUAGUGCUACAAUGCCGAUCGGAGCGAGAAAUAUAAGCACCAUAAGUACCAGUGCUACGACCAGUACUUUACCUAUGCAACCAAUGAAAACGGGUUCCAAUAAUCCAUUUAGUUUAGAUAAUAUAUCAAAAAAGAAAACUGAACGUGAAGCCGUUAAUCCAUUUUCUGUGAAUAAUUUUAAAGAAAGUCCAAGCGUUUCAGCUUUGAUGCCUACCAUUCCUGCUACCAAUGGCACAGGGAACCCAUUUUCUUUGAACAAUGGUGCUAGCAAUACAGCUCCUGUUUUUACCAAUGUUAAUAUGCAGCAACAAAAUGGAUUAACGCAACAACCAACCCUUGUGCAAUCUAUUACCGGUGGUGUAGCUGGUUCCAGUGGUAUUACUGCGGGAUACCCUAACCCGUUUGACCAACAACAACAACAACAACAACAACAGUUUAAUCAAACACCAGCAUUGAUAUCACAACAACAGCAAUUGUUAGGAAAUAUGAAUAUGAACAAUACUGCUAUAACAGGAACGUACGGUUUACAAGGUCAUUCCUAUAAUAGCAACAACAACAACAACAACAAUAAUGAGGGUCCAAAUUUAAUUGAUAUUUAA